CGUUAUCACCAACUUUUCAAAAGCCUUUUCUUUUCGAUUUUGAUCUUAAAAGGUCUCUUUUAAUUCACAUUUUUAAAAGGAAAAACAAAAAUUUUGAAGUUGUUUUUCGAUUGGUUGCUUACAUGUGCGCUGUCUUCCUCCUCUUCCAUAAUAAUAAUAUAUAUUUGAACUUGUUUCCUUUUUUGAUUUCUUCGUCUUCUUCCUUUUCGCCAUUAAUGAGGCGCUAAAGCUUUCGUGUUUUUCUGUGUAUAUAUAGCCAUGUGAGUUCAUCAUCGGAGAGUUUUUGGGCGAUUCCUCUGUUUUUUCCCUCACAAAUAGGUAAUGGGGUUUCUUUUCUUUCAUUUUUCUUCGGGAUUUUGAUUCCAAGAAAGGGUUUCUUGAGGCUUUUUUGGAGGGUAAACAGAAGAUGGAAUUGGGUUUAAUUUGAUUGGGCUUCUUCGUGAUACGUUUUUCAGAAGUGGGGAUUGGAAUGGGAUUCAAUCGAAGCACAGAAGAACAAAACAAAAACAGAGCUUGAUUUGUUCUAACAAAAAAGUGAUAAUCUUUGACGAACUAUGAGAUUUUCCGAUCUGGGUUCUUCAGAAACGGAAGAAAAGAGCCUAAUUUGGUGAUUGGAAUUGGGGGAAAGAAGUAUAUCGUCGAUUCUGAUGUUGGAAACUGCCAGAACUCCGCCGCGGGCGGCGGAGAAAAGCUUGCCAAGGAAGAAGAUGACGAAGCAAUUGACCGGAAAAAGGGAUGACACCCCAUUGCAUACCGCUGCGAGAGCUGGAAAUCUAAUGGCGGCGAUGGAACUUCUGACGAAAGCCGACGAGAUUGAAUUGAGGGAAUUAUUGGCAAAGCAAAAUCAUUCCGGCGAGACGGCUUUAUACGUCGCCGCCGAGUACGGUUACGUGGAUAUGGUAAGAGAAAUGUUGAAAUAUUACGAUCUGGCCGACGCUGAGAUCAAAGCAAGAAAUGGGUUUGAUGCUUUUCACAUUGCAACAAAACAGGGCUAUUUGGAGAUUUUGAGAGUUCUAAUGGAGGUUCAUCCGGAAUUGGCGAUGACGGUCGACAUAUCGAACACGACCGCGCUGCACACGGCUGCAGCACAAGGCCACACAGAGAUUGUGAAUUUUCUACUGGAAGCCGGCAGCGGAUUGGCAACCAUUGCUAGAAGCAAUGGCAAAACUCCUUUGCAUUCUGCAGCUAGAAAUGGACAUGUGGACGUCGUUAAAGCUCUCAUCACGACGGAGCCGAUCAUCGCGACAAGGACCGAUAAGAAGGGGCAGACGGCGCUGCAAAUGGCAGUGAAAGGGCAGAACCUUGAGGUGGUUGAGGAGCUGAUCAAGGCGGAUCCGCGGUCUAUGAUUAUGGUUGAGAAUAAAGGCAAUACUGCCCUGCAUAUAGCUGCAAGGAAGGGCAGAACUGAGGUAAUGAUUCAAACUUUCGUGACAUUACUUUUGGUGUACAAUGUGCAGAUUGUUAAAAUGCUUCUCAAGCACAAUGAAACGAACACGAAGGCGAUAAACCGGUCGGGAGAGACUGCCCUCGACACGGCGGAGAACACCGGGAACUCCGAUAUAGCUCUGAUUCUAAAAGAGCAUGGUGUGCAGAAUGCCAAAGCAAUCAAACCAGUAGUGACAAAUCCAGCAAGGGAAUUGAAGCAAACCGUAAGUGACAUAAAGCAUGAAGUUCAUCACCAACUCGAACACACUCGACAAACACGAAGACGAGUCCAAGGCAUCGAAAAACGCCUAAACAAAAUGCAUUCGGAAGGCCUAAACAAUGCCAUAAAUUCCACAACCGUGGUUGCUGUCCUUAUAGCCACAGUGGCAUUUGCAGCCAUAUUUACAGUCCCCGGUCAGUAUGUGGACGAUCCUGACGACAUACCGCCAGGCUUCUCGCUCGGUGAAGCGAACAUCGCGUCGAGAGCUCCUUUUAUAAUAUUUUUCAUCUUUGAUUCAAUAGCCCUGUUCUUAUCUCUAGCAGUUGUGGUAGUUCAAACAUCAGUUGUGGUUAUUGAAAGCCAAGCCAAGAAGCAGAUGAUGGCUAUUAUAAACAAGCUAAUGUGGCUAGCCUGUGUACUAAUAUCAGUGGCGUUCUUGGCGCUGUCGUUCGUGGUCGUCGGAGAGCGAGAGAGGUGGCUGGCGAUCGGAGUGACACUGAUCGGAACCACCAUAAUGGCCACCACAUUGGGGACAAUGUGCUAUUGGGUGGUUAAACAUAGAAUUGAAGCAUCAAAUCUGAGGAGCAUAAGGAGGUCUUCAAUGGGGAACAGAUCCAAAUCCUGUUCCCGCUCUGUCAUGUCUGAUACUGAGAUUCUUAACAAUGAGUUCAAGAACAUGUAUGCAAUAUGAAAAUAAAUUGUUGUA